AUGUCCAAACAACUAAACCCCAUAUUCACCACCACCCUGGCCCUCGUCGAGCAAUAUAAAUCCGCCCUCACCACCCCACCAACAACAACCGAGACCGCAAAAGACCCCGAAGUACUACCCCGCCUCGCAGCCUGCACGACCGCUCUCAGGGCCUAUGUCACCAAACUCUCCUUACUGGCUAUUACCUCGCCAUUCACGCAUUCCGCCAUUACCAAAGUCCUCCGCGACCUGAACGAGUCUGUGCUACCCUCACUCGUCGCCACCGCCCUUGUCAUCACCCCGGCGCAAUACACCAAAGCCUUCCACUCCGAGAUCCUGGGUCUGGUCAGGGGAGUUUUGACGGAGUUUCUGUCUCUUGUUCGCGAAGUACAGCGCGUCGACGGUAAAAAGGAACAGGAGAAGAAGGAUGCCGUCAAGGAGGGCGAGUUGACGAAGUCGGAAAAGGAUGUUGUGACGGUCGCUACUGGUCGUGUGUGGGAUGCAUGCGAUGUCGUGACUGAUGUCUCGCAGAAGGGGGUUGUUGGGUUUGUGAUGCGCAAAGUCGAACAGUGGCGAGAUUUGGUCCGCGACGCGGUUGAGGAGAUUGAGGAGUGGGAUCCUGAGGAUGAUGAUGAUUUCAUGGAUGAGCUUCUUGAUGAAGACGAUGAAGAGGGUGAAAAGGAGGAGGACGAUGAGGAUGAUGAUCCUGAGGAGACUGCCGCUCUUCAUAAACACAAGAAGUUGACUCUUCGAUUCCUCAAGCCCUUGGCUCAGGUUUAUCCCGCGGUCCUCAAUAAUCGUCUCAAGAAGGCCGGAGAUGCGCCUUUGGCCUCUGCGGCCAGCAUCGAGAAGCUUGAGUCUUUGAUGGCGAACCUACAGGCUAUCCCUGAUCACGUUGAUGAGGCUGCUGGUGGAUUAUACGAGGCCGAUUUUGAGAGGUCUGCGGGGUAUCUGCAGAAGACGAGGGAGAGUGCUGUGAAAGCAGUCAACCUGGUCAUUUCACCUUGGGGUGCUGCUGAAGAUGCGCCAGCAGACAAGUUCAAUACUUGGUCAAAGAUGUGGCUCAAGGUUGUUGAAGAUAUGAGCAAGGAAAUUGGCGAAAAAAUUGAAUGA